ACUCUUCUUCUUCUUCUAGAAAGCGGCACGCAGCCCUAGGCCCCGUCUCGCCUCAUAUCUCCACACGCCUCUCUCUGACAACAAAUUCAUAAUACGCAGAAACAUACACGAAACCAUUGCAAAACCCCUCCCACUCCUCUCUGAGCCAAUCCUUAUCCGACGCCGUUUUCAUCUGGAUGCGUGACCACCACCAUUAUCAGCAUCACCAGGCGUCAUGUAUAUAACGGCGUCGUCCUCAGCCUCAUCAAUCCUCAGAGCCUCUUCUUCUUAUCUUAGGGCAAGGCUCGUCCCUCCCUCGCUUUCUAGAACCUUGGUUGCUUCUUCGCCUCCCAAGGCUUACCGAUCCCUCAACUUCUCCUCUGCGGUUCGGUCCCUCCGGUACUCCGCCCCUCGCUGGAGUCACGGUGUCGAUUGGCGCUCUCCGAUCAGUCUCCGCUCUCAAAUCAGGGCCGUCGCUCCCGUGAUCGAACAGUUCCAGAGGAAGAUCUCCACCAUGGCUUCUGAACAUCCUUUUAAGGCAAACUUGACAAGUCUUCCGAAGCCAGGAGGCGGCGAGUUUGGAAAGUUCUACAGCCUUCCGUCUUUGAAUGAUCCAAGGAUUGAGAAGUUGCCGUACUCUAUCAGAAUCCUUCUUGAGUCUGCAAUUCGUAAUUGUGACAACUUCCAAGUCAAGAAGGAAGAUGUUGAGAAAAUUAUUGAUUGGGAGAACACUUCUCCAAAGCAAGUUGAAAUUCCCUUCAAGCCUGCUCGUGUUCUCUUGCAGGAUUUUACUGGAGUUCCUGCUGUGGUCGACCUUGCUUGUAUGCGGGAUGCCAUGAACAGACUUGGCAGUGAUUCUAACAAGAUCAAUCCUUUGGUUCCGGUGGAUCUUGUAAUUGAUCAUUCGGUUCAAGUUGAUGUAACAAGGUCUGAAAAUGCCGUGCAGGCCAAUAUGGAUCUUGAAUUUCAGAGAAACAAGGAGAGAUUUGGUUUUCUUAAAUGGGGAUCUACUGCUUUCCAUAACAUGCUUGUUGUUCCUCCUGGUUCUGGUAUUGUCCAUCAGGUUAAUCUUGAAUAUCUCGGACGAGUUGUUUUCAACACUGACAACAUACUCUAUCCUGAUAGUGUGGUUGGAACUGAUUCCCAUACAACCAUGAUUGAUGGGUUAGGAGUUGCUGGCUGGGGAGUUGGAGGUAUUGAAGCAGAGGCAGCAAUGCUUGGCCAGCCCAUGAGCAUGGUGUUGCCUGGUGUUGUUGGGUUCAAGUUAUCUGGAAAAUUGCGAAAUGGUGUUACUGCUACCGACUUGGUUUUAACUGUGACACAAAUGCUGAGAAAGCAUGGCGUUGUUGGCAAAUUUGUUGAGUUCUAUGGGGAUGGCAUGGGUGAGCUAUCACUUGCUGACAGGGCCACUAUCGCCAAUAUGUCUCCUGAAUAUGGUGCAACCAUGGGAUUCUUCCCUGUAGAUCGUGUCACUUUACAGUAUCUCAAAUUAACUGGAAGAAGUGAUGAGACAGUGGCCAUGAUAGAAGCUUAUCUCCGUGCAAAUAAGCUGUUUGUUGACUACAAUGAGCCUCAACUAGAAAGGGUGUACUCCUCUUACUUACAACUGGAUCUUACGGAUGUUGAGCCUUGUAUUUCAGGACCAAAGAGACCUCAUGAUCGUGUGGCUUUGAAAGAAAUGAAGGCUGACUGGCAUUCUUGUCUUGAUAACAAAGUUGGAUUCAAGGGGUUUGCCAUACCAAAAGAAGCACAAGACAAAGUGGCCAAGUUUUCAUUUCAUGGAGAGCCUUCAGAGCUUAAGCAUGGCAGUGUUGUAAUUGCUGCAAUCACGAGCUGCACCAAUACAUCAAACCCUAGUGUCAUGCUUGGUGCCGGUCUUGUUGCGAAAAAGGCUUGUGAACUUGGUUUGCAGGUCAAACCAUGGGUAAAAACAAGUCUUGCUCCAGGUUCUGGAGUUGUUACAAAAUAUUUACUCCAGAGUGGCCUGCAAAAAUAUUUAAAUCAACAGGGCUUCCAUAUUGUUGGAUAUGGUUGCACAACAUGUAUUGGGAAUUCAGGGGACUUAGAUGAAUCGGUUGCUUCUGUUAUUUCAGAAAAUGACAUUGUAGCAGCUGCUGUGCUCUCUGGGAACCGAAAUUUUGAGGGACGUGUUCAUGCGUUGACAAGAGCUAACUACCUUGCAUCACCCCCUUUAGUGGUUGCCUAUGCACUGGCUGGCACGGUAGACAUUGACUUCAAUAAGGAGCCAAUUGGCACAUCGAAGGAUGGUAAGAGUGUCUUUUUCAAGGAUAUCUGGCCUUCCACAGAAGAAAUUGCGGAGGCUGUUCAAUCCAGUGUGUUGCCUGCUAUGUUCAAAAGUACUUAUGAGGCUAUUACAAAAGGCAAUCCCAUGUGGAAUGAGCUAUCAGUUCCAACUGGCACCCUGUACUCGUGGGACCCCAACUCAACCUACAUUCAUGAUCCACCAUACUUCAAGAACAUGACCAUGGAUCCUCCUGGAGCCCAUGGAGUGAAGGAUGCUUACUGCCUGCUGAACUUUGGUGACAGUAUUACAACAGAUCACAUUUCCCCCGCAGGAAGCAUUCAUAAGGACAGUCCUGCUGCCAAAUACCUCCUCGAGCGUGGGGUGGAUCGCAAGGACUUCAACUCUUAUGGAAGUCGCCGUGGCAAUGAUGAAAUAAUGGCAAGGGGAACUUUUGCCAAUAUCCGCAUUGUUAACAAGCUCUUGAAUGGGGAAGUGGGUCCGAAAACAAUUCAUGUUCCUACAGGAGAGAAACUCUAUGUUUUUGAUGCAGCUACGAGGUAUAAGGCUGCUGGGCAGGACACGAUCAUACUGGCUGGUGCUGAGUAUGGGAGUGGAAGCUCUAGGGAUUGGGCGGCCAAGGGUCCAAUGUUAUUGGGUGUUAAAGCAGUGAUUGCCAAAAGCUUUGAAAGAAUUCAUCGCAGUAACUUGGUGGGAAUGGGUAUUAUUCCACUUUGUUACAAGGCUGGUGAGGAUGCAGAGACUCUAGGAUUGACUGGUCAUGAGCGUUACACCAUUGACCUCCCAAGCAACAUUAGCGAGAUAAGGCCGGGCCAAGAUGUGACUGUCACAACUGAUACCGGAAAAUCUUUCACCUGCAUCGCCCGCUUUGACACUGAGGUGGAAUUGGCUUACUUCCAUCACGGAGGCAUUCUUCAAUAUGUUCUCCGGAAUUUGAUCAAGCAAUAAACGAGUGCAUUGUUUGAUUAUCGGCCUUGCCGCAUCCUUUUGAGUUCUCUUUGAUUGUAAAAUGUGAGGAGGGAAUAAGCUUCUUAAUAAUAGAAAAAAAAAUCCCUUUGAUGGGACAGGAAUUUUCGUUUCAAAACAUUGUUAUUGAGGGGUGCAACCAUGUUGUUGCCUGUCAACAAAGGAAGAGCGUGUUUUUAGUAUAUUAUUCUUUUUCCUAUUUUGCGA